AUGCAAAGAAUCAUUUUCAACACUUUUGUCUUUGUGAUGAUGAUGAUGGCAUUUUGCAAUCAUUUCAUUGAAGGAGCUCAAAUUCAAGUGAUAAAAUCAGAUGAACGCCCCUCUCAAAUGACAUCUCUUCCGACUGCAAAUCAGCGUCGUGAUGAAACUUGUGCUCAUUUUGCAAAUCAAUUUGAACCAUUUGACUACUUUUUAUUGUCCUUGCAAUGGCCUGCAACAGCAUGUAUUGGCAAAAAGCCAAAUGAAUGUUCCGUUCCUGAUUUUAUUAAUGAUUUUACAAUUCAUGGUUUAUGGCCUCAAUUCAAAAAUCCUGCCACAUAUCCUGAAUGUUGUUUCAAUGUUACUUUGACAUUCGUCAAUUAA